AUGGAAAUCAGCGGGAGGGGUGAUCCAGGCGGGAGGGGUGGUACAGGCGGGAGGGGUGAUCCAGGCGGGAGGGGUGGUACAGGCGGGAGGGGUGAUCCAGGCGGGAGGGGUGGUACAGGCGGGAGGGGUGGUCUAGGCGGGAGGGGUGGUACAGGCGGGAGGGGUGGUCCAGGCGGGAGGGGUGGUACAGGCGGGAGGGGUGGUACAGGCGGGAGGGGUGGUCUAGGCGGGAGGGGUGGUACAGGCGGGAGGGGUGGUCCAGGCGGGAGGGGUGGUACAGGCGGGAGGGGUGAUCCAGGCGGGAGGGGUGGUACAGGCGGGAGGGGUGAUCCAGGCGGGAGGGGUGGUACAGGCGGGAGGGGUGGUACAGGCGGGAGGGGUGGUACAGGCGGGAGGGGUGGUACAGGCGGGAGGGGUGAUCCAGGCGGGAGGGGUGGUACAGGCGGGAGGGGUGGUCUAGGCGGGAGGGGUGGUACAGGCGGGAGGGGUGGUCCAGGCGGGAGGGGUGGUACAGGCGGGAGGGGUGAUCCAGGCGGGAGGGGUGGUACAGGCGGGAGGGGUGAUCCAGGCGGGAGGGGUGGUACAGGCGGGAGGGGUGGUCUAGGCGGGAGGGGUGGUCUAGGCGGGAGGGAUGGUACAGGCGGGAGGGGUGGUACAGGCGGGAGGGGUGAUCCAGGCGGGAGAUGUGGUCUAGGCGGGAGGGGUGGUACAGGCGGGAGGGGUGGUCCAGGCGGGAGGGGUGGUCCAGGCGGGAGGGGUGAUCCAGGCGGGAGGGGUGGUACAGGCGGGAGGGGUGAUCCAGGCGGGAGGGGUGGUACAGGCGGGAGGGGUGGUCUAGGCGGGAGGGGUGGUCUAGGCGGGAGGGAUGGUACAGGCGGGAGGUAUGGUCAAGACGGGAGGGGUGGUCCAGGCGGGAGGGAUGGUACAGGCGGGAGGGGCGGUCCAGGCGGGAGGGGUGGUACAGGCGGGAGGGGUGGUCCAGGUGGGAGUGGGUGGUCCAGACGGGAGGGGUGA